AUGAGUGAUGAACUUAGGUUAGCGCUCUAUAGCGUUGUUCGCUCUGCCUUGGUGUUUAGUGUUGAUGGAAUGGUGGUUUGUGGAUUCGCUCGUAUCCAUGAAAACUUAUCUGGGGUUGCAAUUGGAGCCACUGUUUCUCUUGAUAUAUUGUUCUCCGGGCCACUAACAGGGCCUGUGAGUUUGGGACCAGCAUUUGUUACAGGUCAUUACAAAGGGCUAUGGAUUUACAUUAUAGGGCCAAUUUUAGGGGCCAUAUUUGGUGCUUGGUCUUACAAUCUUAUGAGACUCACAAAUAAGUCAUGGGGUGAAGCUGUGAAAGAGAUUUCAGAUUCACAAAAAAUUAUAGAAGAGUCCUCAAAAGAUAAGGUUAUAUGCAAGUGUAGUGAAGGGUGGACAUGUAUUGUAACCAAAACUGAAGAACCAGAAGCAGGCAACAUCUUUUUUGAUUGUGGUGAUGAAGGUUGUCUGUGUAUUAUUGAUGAAACAAACACUCUGAAAAAGCAUGUAUAUGUAUAUGAUAAGACAAAAAGGAGAAAGAGCUACAAAAUGUAUAUUUAA